AUACUAUUCAAGAAAGUCUGAUUUUGUCAUGACAUGGAAAAUUCUUGAAAUUGCGAACACAAAAGUAAGCUUUCAUAAUCCACGGAGUUCCAAAACAUAGAACAGAUGGAAGUAAGUAAGGUGGCUGUGCCGAAAGACGAUGCCCGGAUUAUCCAGCAGAAUUUUGCCUAUUUAGAAAACAAUAUAGAACCACGGGAUCUAACAAGCUAUCUUUUCGCGGUUUUUGUUUUUGAUGCUCACGAUAAAAGCAGAAUCAACGGCAUCAAGGACAGAAAAGAGCGGACGCACAAAUUUAUAAAUAUUUUAUUACGACGGGGUGAAAAGGCUUUAGGGUGUUUCAUUGAAGCUCUUCAACAGAGUUCGUAUUGGGAGAUAGCCAGAAAAUUACGAGCUGAAAUAAAAGCGAGUGCAGCUCGCGCUCAAACAGAUUCAGAAAGAACAUCUCCAUCUGCAAGUUCUAGAGGAGCAUUGACUCUGCCACCCAUCACGUUAACUACUGCAAUAUACCAUAGCUCACGUAACGAUGUCCACAGCCCUAGUUCGCUAUCGCCAGUACAUGACGGAGAUAAAAGAAGUUCCUCGGAACUUUACGAAAAGCUAAAUGAGCAUGAAGCUCGGUUAUCUGGACAGAGAAAAGAAAUAACACGAUUAACGAAUAAUAAUGAAAGGCUGCGAGAAGAAAAUUCCGAAAAAAUAAAAGAUGAAAAUAAAAUGUUAUAUAAAAGAGUUGAAGAACAACAGGCCUUAAUCGAAGAGAAGCAGGUCAUAAUAGACGAGAAGCAGGCCAUCAUUGAUGAACUCCGAAGAGAAGUCCGUACCCAGGAUAUUCAUGACAAACUAGAUCAGAAGAACAAAGAGAUCGACAAGUUGAAAGCCCAAAUAUCAGAAUCUCAAACUGAACUGAGAAAAAAAGUUAUAGAGGAAGAAUUAGGAAAAAUCGAAGUGAAUAUAGAAAAUUUAGGCGGCGUUACGAGCCGAUUAGAAACCGGCAUUAGUCAGCUAAAUGAACUAGUCGACCAUGGCAAAACACAACAAGAAAAUCAUAAACAGGAUGGUCAUGUUACUCAAUCUAAAGUCUGUGUUGUUAUGUAGAAUACCUGCUACUUUUUGUUAUGUGGAAGUGGAAAGGAGAGGUGGUGGAGGGGGGGGGGGGGAGACAACCACACGGGAUGAAAGAAAGGCACGAGACUGUAUUUUGACGUAUUUGCUUUUCACGUGAUCUAAAGCUAGGAUAACUAGAACGUUUUAAAAUAACUCGGCUCAAACCAGUCCACAGCUAAAUUUCAUUACGCCGUCCCGUGGGCUGUGGCACGUAUGAUAUCUAUAACCAAUUAAACAUACAUUAUGCAAGAUCUAAAUCUGUCUAUUGCUGGUCUUUCCUUAGGCCUGAAAUGUUAUCUAAAUUAUUAAUUAGACAUUAAUUAACCUAUCCAGACCAUAAUCAACUAUCGAUUGCAUCGCUAGCCUGCGAUCUUUAGUGGAUUAUGAGCCGAUUUACUGCAUAACUUUCCUUCACGAUUUAACGAUGGAUAAUCGAGACUAUGUUGUUUAUCAUACUGACUUUAGUAAUGAUGAUCGAGGCUAGGCGGAAAUUUCAAUCGCUUAGUUCUCGGUUGAUAGUAGAUCAAUUUGAAUGAAAUUUUCAGCAAAUUGCCUUUACAUUAUCUAGUUUUUAACUAUUAUAGUGAGAACUGCCAAGUCGUUAUCGAAUCUCCCAUAAUGUAUCUUUAAGUAGCUUGUAUUAUUAACUUGUUUUAUUCUGAUUAAAUUAAACUUCAAGAGGAUAAUUAUCAUUGUUGGGAGAAUAACUAAUUCUUUUUUAAUUUCUUUAAACACUAAGUGGUUUAUAGAGACGAAUUGGACGGAAAAAACAAAGAAUUUAAAAAAAAAAAUAAAUAAAAAAAAUAUAUAAUAAAAUAAAAUCAACAAAAUGCAUUUUCACAUGGCGCUGGCUAUUUCUUCCAUAAUGACUACCAAAUGACAUUUUCUCCAUAUAACCAGCGAGAAUCUCGUAAUAUAUGACUUUUAGUAUGUCUUUUAAUUUAAAGAUAGAUUUCAAAAUUCCAACAUAGCAACAAUUUAAAAUGGAAUCCAAAAUGGUGGAUUUUAUGUUAAUUGUCCUUUGGAUAUGAGUUGUAAAAUGAUCUCAAAACUCAAAAAUGAAUUUCGAGGAUCCAAAGUGGCAGAAAUGAAAAACUUCUUGAGGAUAUUGCUUCUAAAAUAAGGUUUUCGGGGCUACUGUAUUCAAUAUUGGGUUCAAAAUUAAAUUCCGAUAAGGUUGUCACGCAUCAAAUUUGUGCAUAAGCUAGAAACAUUAGGACAUCUAUCUAUCUAUCUAUACUAAUAUUUGUGACUGUCGUUUGUCUGUCUGUUUGUCUGUCUGUUCGGGGUUGGCGGCUACACUAGGUCUGCCCCGAGUCUGAAAUUUGGGGUAUAGGGGUAGCUCGGACAGGGGAGUAACAUAGGCCAGGUGGCGUUAGUCUACCACUUCCGGUUUCGGGGUUAUGACCCCCGAGCGAAGCCGGGCAUUCUUCUAGUACUAUAUAAAACAACAUUUACAGAAAUUUCGCCCCGGGUAGGAGAGAACUCCAACGGACCUCCAUAGAGUGGUAGCCCCUCGCAAGGCGCAAGGCCAGGUUCAGGGACCCCUGAAACUACUAUACACCUCAUCAACCCAUCCCUGGAAUUGAUACCACAAGGAGGACUGUAAACACUUACUCAGUCUGAACUACUAUUAGGGCGCAUAUUCCUAGAUAUAUUGGAGUGGUUCUCCCUUGUCAGUGAUGCAGGACGGAGGGGCUGACAAGGAAAGCUGUCUAGUCGUUCGGAUGGGACGAAA